CUGAUGGAGAACAGGACAGAAGUGACAGACUUCAUCCUGCUGGGACUCACCGAUGACCCAGGCCUGCAGGUUCCCCUCUUUAUCACCUUCCUCCUCAUCUACACCAUCACCCUGGUUGGGAACCUGGGGAUGAUCCUGCUGAUUCUCUUGGACUCUCGGCUCCACACUCCCAUGUACUUUUUCCUAGGUAACCUGUCUCUGGUGGAUUUCUGUUACUCUUCAGCUGUCACUCCCACAGUCAUGACUGGGCUUCUUGUAGGAAACAAGAUCAUUUCCUACAAUGACUGUGCUGCUCAGAUGUUCUUUUUUGUAGCUUUUGCUACAGUGGAAAAUUACCUGUUGGCCUCAAUGGCCUAUGAUCGUUAUGCAGCAGUGUGCAAGCCCCUGCACUAUGCCACCACCAUGACUACUGUAGUAUGUGCAUGUCUUACCAUAGGUUCCUAUGUCUGUGGUUUCCUGAAUGCCUCUAUCCACACUGGGGACACAUUCAGUCUCUCCUUCUGUAAGUCCAAUGUGGUCCAUCACUUUUUCUGUGAUAUUCCAGCAGUAAUGGUUCUCUCUUGCUCUGAUAGACAUGUUGCUGAGCUGGUUCUUGUUUACAUAGUGAGCUUCAAUAUCUUUUUUGCUCUCUUGGUUAUCUGGAUAUCCUACGUAUUCAUUUUUAUCACAAUCUUCAAGAUGCAAUCAGGUGCUGGACAUCGGAAGGCUGUGUCCACCUGCACCUCCCACUUCACUGCAGUCUCCAUUUUCUAUGGGACAAUUAUCUUCAUGUAUCUACAGCCCAGCUCCAGUCACUCCAUGGACACUGACAAAAUUGCAUCUGUUUUCUACACUAUGAUAAUCCCCAUGCUAAACCCUUUGGUCUACAGCCUGAGGAACAAAGAGGUCAAGAAUGCAUUCACAAAAGUUCUGUUGGUGGCAAAAUAA